AUGUCACGACGGAGCCAUGGCAUCUGCCUGGUAGUGGCCGUGGUGACCUUCGUCUCAGCUUGCUGUACCUCAAGACCAUGCCCGAAAGUGUUUGCCGCCAGCGAUUUCAAGGUGGUCCCCAUGGAGGGUAAGGGCUACGGCGUCGUGGCCGGACGGAGUGUCAAAGCUGGUGAGAAACUCUACGAAGAGCCGCCGGCUCUCGUCGUGAACUCGGAGGACUCUAUGCAAGUGCAGCUGUUCCAGACAGUGGCUGCGGCCGUGUUCGUCGUGGUCAACGUCUUGCUCGCGAUUUCCGGGGCAGGUCUUGCAGUGCCAAUUCUCUUCGGUGCUGGCGGCGUGUAUCUCUGGCUCAGGAAUUCUGGCGAUGAUCUGUUGGUCCCCGAUGAGCUGAAGGAGCAAUGGGAAGCUCUCCCUGCCGAGAAACGUGAAGCUCUUGAGAGCUUGAGCGACUGCUCAGCUGGAAAGAAGACGCUGAGUGGGAUCAUUGACACCAAUGCCUUCUCUCGAGGAGCCAGUGCUACUUCGUCGUCCCUCGUGGUAUGUCCAGCAUUGGCCAGGUUGAACCACUCGUGUUCACCCAACUGCCAGCAGUCCUGGGACGGGACCUCUGGCACGGAGAAGCUGUAUGCGAUGUGCGACAUUCGCGAAGGAGAGGAGCUUUGCAUCACCUACUGCGACAUCAGGAAACCACGUGCAGAGCGGAAAGAAGAGCUGAGACUGAAGUAUGGCUUUGACUGCACCUGCCCAGCAUGCUCAUCCUCAGAUUGCUCGCAAAGCGACGAAAAUCGCGUCGCUAUCGCAAGGCUGGAGGAGGAGCUUUGCCGUGAGGGCCCUGCAGACCCUGAGCGCGGCUUGCGCUGUGCAGAGCAGCUCCUGGCAACUAUUGACGAAGAAGGGCUGUCGGACAAGAUGCUUCGAGGUUUGGCCUGCUAUGAGGCCAUGGAGAUGGCUUUGCGCCUUGGCGAUGAAGAGGCUGUGAAAAGCUGGGCAAACAAGGCAGAGCUUUACAUCAGCCAGGCUCGUGGUGCGGAGAACAGUCUAGCACAAGAGGCAGCCAAGUGCGGUGAAAGCCCAAAGCAGCAUCCUCUGUGGGCUGAGAAAGCAGCAGCCUCCUCGCUGGGGUAG